CUCUCCCACCCGACACACAUUGCAUACUCACCACACACACCUACCGGCACAUACCAUAUCGCCACCACGCCCGGGUGUGGCAAGGGGUGGUUCCAAGGCAUAUUGCGUGAAGGAGUGAUCCCCAAACGGAAUCAUCAUGAUGGAUCAUUUCCUUUCGAUUCUACCCAAGGGAUUCUUCGGGCGGCAUCACUCGCGGACGGCGAUCCCCGCGACCCCGUCGCCGCCGCCAGCGGCGGCAAUCCGCGUGGCGACUCCAGCGCCGUCCCGCCGCAUUCGGGAGGAACCGCGGACGAAACGAGCCCGCGAGACGUUGUGUCGGACACCAGCGUUGGUAUCGACGUCGCUGGAAGAAGGGGAACCCUUCCACGAACGUCCCGUCAAACGCUUUCGGGUCUCACCUUGCGUGGCCUGGCAAUACACGCAUCCGGUGCCGGAGCCGCUGGCCCGGCCGCGACCGACGCCCGUUUCGUGGGUCUCCCUCUUACCGGAAGAAGUCACGGCGCACUGUCUCUCCUUUCUACCCACGGUGGAAGAUCGAUUCGCCUUGCAGUGCACCAAUCGACAAUUCCGACGCAUUUCCAACGAGAAACCCAUGAUGCAGCACGUGGCCGUCGCGGGUGAUCGCGAAACCGGGAUGCGCGGUAUUCUGCAGGAACACGAUACUCCGGAAACGGCGGCCGUGGCCCUGACUCCUUUUUGUCAAGCGGGAAAUCUCGAAGCGAUCUACAUGCUGGGUAUUAUCAAGAGCUACUGUCACCAAGACGUACAGGACGGUAUUGCCUUGCUCAAACGAGCAUCGCGCGCAGGAUACGUCCGGGCCACCUACGCGCUAGGUCUCGUGCUACGCGAUAACGAUCCCAAGGAAGCCUCCCGGUACAUGAGAAAAGCCGCGCACAAAGGUUACCUUCCCGCACUGCAGGAAUGGCUGCCCGCUCGCGAAAUGAAACGCCGCUACGGAGAACCCCUCGCCGAAAAUCUACGCGAAUACCUCGAUCCCUUUGGUUUGAAUCGACUCUUGGCGCGACACUACGUACGGGACAAGCCCCUUCGCAAUUUGAAUACCUCGCACUGCUGGAAUCCGCUCUGCGGACGCUGGGCGUUCAAGGCACACACCGCGCACGUCGUCGAGGAACCCGUGGAUGUGCGCGUUUCUCGCAUGAAAAUGUGCAGCCGCUGCUGCCGUGCCAAGUACUGCAGCAAACUCUGUCAAGUCUACGAUUGGCGCUCGGGACGACACAAGACGGAAUGCCAGUUUUUGUAA